AUGCACGGGUUCAAUAGGACAAUUGCUCUCUCUUCUCAAUCUCUGAGUGAUGCAUCUGGAUCAGCAUCGGAAAUACCGUUGCAGGGGAUACCGGUGGUUGAUCCGGGUAUCUUAUCUUGGGCCUAUAAGAAUCCUAAUUUAUUUCCAUCCUCGGUUUGGAUCCCGGGUGAAAUAAGUGAUCCUAAUACUAUAUCAGCGCUAUCGAAGUUCAAUAAGUUUUUGCUUGUGCAGCGUUAUGAUUUCUUUAAUGGAACUAUACAACCAGAUUACAUACAGUUGCUGCAACGAGAGUUGGACAUGACUACUAUGAUUUCUCCACAAUUAUUCCCCGUGAAGCUCAGCUGGAUGCUGAAUCGGGAGUACCAGAAGUGGUAUAUAGAUUAUGCGAAAGGUCUGGAUAUAGAUGUACCAUACCAUGACUGGAAGUCUCGCGGGAGUCGGUUUGGCACCUCGAUGUCGACUCAUCACAUCCUGGGGUUGAAGAAGGUCCCAAGGGUUCGGUUGUUCGCCGAUUCAAGUGGUAUUCGGGGAAUCCUCCUUAAUAGACGAAAUAUUCCUAUUAUGUCAAUGCCAAUAGAAUCAAUGUUAUUAGCUGUGAAUUCGAACUUUUUGGUAUUUUCCGUUUCUUCGGAUGAUAUGAUGGGCCAAUCAUUUGCUUCAUUGGUUCCAACGGUGGCAGCCGCGGAAUCUGCUAUUGGGUUAGCCAUUUUCGUUAUUACUUUCCGAGUCCGAGGGACUAUUGCUAGUUCAAGUGAAUGGUCGUUCUUGUGUGGGUUCGACUCCCAUAGCCCCGAUGUGACGAAAAAGACUGAUUCAACGAGAUACGCCGUGCCUGCAUUAAGAUUUCAAACUUGUCGUCUACUUUCAGGAAAUGUUUGGAACAGAGAACUUACAAUAAUACAACGCCGCAUUCUCCGAAAAUUGAGAAACAAGAAGAGAUCUAUUAAGAGAAAGAUUUAUUCGAGAGAAAAUCUUAACAGUUACAUCCAAUCACAAACUACACGAAAGUUGCCCCUUUUUCAUGGAGAUUUACCCAUCACAGAGAUGCACAGAGGAAGAGAACGAACUUCAUAUAUCCCUUUUCUACUCAAUCCAGAAACAAGAUCGGACGUUAUUCCGGUUCGUCUCCAUUUUCGUGAAACUAUUCCUCAAGCAAGGCAGCCGAUAAGUCAUCGAAGGGUUUGUGUGAAUAAUGGAAUGGUAAGCAUUACUCAUUUUAAAGUGUCCCGCGGUGAUAUAAUAUCUUUUCAAGAAAAUGACGCGAGAGCCCGCGGUGAAGAAAUAAGGAGAUCCUUCUAUAUCGAAAUCUCAGUUGAAAAAAUAAUAGGAAAAUUCCGUGAUCACCCGGUAAGAAUGUGGAGAAGAACCAAAACAGAAUGGUUCCGCCUACUCAAAACUAAGAGGGGAUGCCGCCUACUACUAAAAGACGGGUUUUUGCAACAGUUGCGUUCUUCUAUGCAAGAAGAAGACUUAGAAAGAACAAAGAACUUUUUUGGAUCCAUAAAAAUAAAAGUAUGCUUAGGCAGUUCUUUCGCUGAGCACAACAGAAUGAAGAGGAAUUUGUAUCAUUUCAAAUCCCUAUUCUUAUCGAAGAGAAGGAACGAGAAAAACCGAAAUCUUCCUACCCGAACAAGAAGUCCUAUAGUUUACAACUCUUCUUUAUAUAGUAAUUCGACCUAUUGCUCCGCACCCUCCCAUCAGUUUACUAUGAAGAGAAAAAUAAAAAGAAUCGAACUGCCUACUCAUUAUUCGGAGGUGAAUCAUAGAACACUAAAAGCUGUGGUAUCUUAUGGACCUAACAUAGGUCACAUCCCUCACGACAUAAGAUUGAAAGAUCCAAACCUUCUUCUUCGGAGCGGAAACGGACGUGGCCAAAACAUAUAAAGAUCGGAUCGGCGUAGUCGCUCAUAGGGACAUAUCUAUCCGGAUAGAGGAUAGUCUAGAUCGAUUCAUAGAUGGAUCUCUCUCCAUAUAGAUAGGUAUCUCCGUGGAUAGAGAUAAAGAUAGGGAUCCAUCUAGAUCUUGAUUCACUAUUUCCAUUUUUUGACGACAAG